CCUCUAGUUCUCUGGGCCCAGCGCUCCUCUGUGGCCGACCCUGCCAAGAACUUCAUCUACCUGACCAUCUCCGUCCCCGACGUCUCCAAAGAAGAUAUUCAGCUGGAUCUGAAGCCCACCGGCGUGACCUUCACCGGCACCUCAGCUACCCUUAAGAAGAAGUACCAUGUCGGGCUUGAGCUGUACGCCGAGAUCGACCCUGCUGAGAGCCGUGUUAACCACACUGCCAAGAACAUUGAGAUGAAGCUGCAGAAGAAGGAGCUCAAGGAGGAGUACUGGCCGCGGUUGCUCAAGGAUUCCAAGAGACUUCACUUCCUCAAGACCGACUUCGACAAGUGGGUUGACGAGGAUGAGCAGAACGAGGCUGCUGAUGACGACAUGUCCAAGUUCGGAGACAUGGGCGGCGCUGGCGGCAUGCCCGACAUGAGCGGCAUGGGUCUGGAGGGCAUGCCCGAGUACAGCAGCUCCGGAAACCCCGAGGACGACUCUGACGAGGAAGACGACGAGGACAUGCCCGGGCUUGAGGGCGAGGAGGAAAAGAAGGCCGAG